AAUAUCACAUGAUCAAUAAAGAUGGCAACCUCCACAAAAUUAAAAUUUAGAAACAAAAAUUUGUUUUUUAUGAUAUUCGCUUUAUUUCUGCUUGCUCAAAAAGCACUGUGUUAUGAACCUACUUGGGAAUCCCUUGACUCUAGACCUCUGCCAUCUUGGUACGAUGAGGCAAAGCUUGGUAUUUUCAUUCAUUGGGGAGUAUUUUCUGUUCCAAGUUAUUCUUCCGAAUGGUUUUGGUGGAACUGGCAAGGACAGCCUACUCCGGCAAUUGUGGAUUUUAUGGCUUCAAAUUAUAGACCAGAUUUUACAUAUGCUGAUUUUGCUGAAGAUUUUACUGCCGAGUUUUUUAAUGCACAAGAAUGGUUGAAAAUGUUUCAAAGCUCUGGUGCAAAGUACAUCGUGUUUGUUAGCAAACACCACGAGGGAUACACCAACUGGCCAUCCAAGUAUUCUUUUAACUGGAACUCUGCAGCCGUUGGGCCAGGACGAGAUAUUGUUGGUGAGCUUAUGAAUGCAACACGUCAAAAUACAGACCUGAGGUUUGGCUUGUACCACUCAUUGUUUGAGUGGUUUCACCCCCUCUAUGUGGCUGACAAGAACUCAGGUUUCAAAACUCAGGACUUUGUCAAUCAAAAAACUUUGCCGGAGCUGUACGAGAUAGUCAACACCUACAAGCCAGAGGUGGUUUGGUCUGAUGGGGACUGGGACGCCCCUGACAUGUACUGGAAGUCUAAGGAGUUUCUGGCCUGGCUUUACACUGAUAGCCCAGUUAAGGACACAGUGGUUGUGAAUGACAGGUGGGGUCAGAACAUUUCCUGUAAUCAUGGUGGGGUGUACACCUGUGGUGACAGGUACAAUCCAGGAGUACUACAGAAACACAAGUGGGUCAAUGCAAUGACCAUUGACAAGUAUUCCUGGGGUUAUCGCAGGAAUGCCCACCUGUCUGAUUACCUGACCAUUGAAGAACUGCUGCAAACAUUUGUCAUGACAGUCAGCUGUGGGGGCAACAUGUUGAUGAAUGUGGGCCCGCCGAAACACGGCCACAUAGACCCAAUCUACGAGGAGCGCCUGGUACAGAUGGGGACCUGGCUCAAGGUCAAUGGUGAGGGAAUCUACAGCACUCAACCUUGGACGUACCAAAAUGAUACGCUCACAAAAAAUGUCUGGUACACAAUGAAAAAAGGGGAGAAGAGCACAGAUAUUUAUGCCUUUAUUUUCAACUGGCCGAGCACUUCCGUUCUGUCCCUGGCCAGACCGACGGCCUCGGCUGCCACCACGGUCUCCCUGCUGGGGUACCCUGGCAACCUGAACUACAACACCCGGCAACCCACUGGCCUUGACAUUAUAAUUCCAGCUGUGCCGGUCAACAAGAUGCCCUGCGAUUGGUUGUGGACGCUCAAGAUAACCUCUGUGGCUAAUUAACGCUGGGUGUCGCCGGGCUCGAUGGUUAACAUUCCAUGGUAAACUGUAAAGGUUGUCUGCACAUUGUUUUUAUUUUUUUGUGUAAGACGAAACUCCCUGUAAUCUUGUUCUGAAAUUAAAAUAUUGCUCAUCUGACAGCUAAAAAAAAUUGUUUUUUAUGAAAUUAUUUUCAUCCAAUUAAAACAAUUUCAUAUUUCUUCUAAUGUACAUGCACAAUGUGUUUUAUUGAUAUUUAAAUACAAAGUAAAUUUUUUUUUGUAUUUUCUUCUUCUUCUUCUGCGUUAUUAAUUAAGUAUAUGAUGGAGGAUUUAAACAACAAGCCCAACUUUGUGUAUGAACUGGACUGUGGUCUCCAGAUCAGCGGGGGCCCAUUUAGUUUUUCCUUGAGUGGGGUGUAUAGGGGCCAGUGUUUACUUCUUAUUUGAUUUGUUUUAAAGUGGUUUAAUGAAAAUGGGGGUAAAAUUAGCAUGACACAGAUAUAAAACUGUAGAAUUCCAUUGUGACAUUGUUAUCAAAUCUGCAGCUAAGGGAGGUAAAUGAGUCAUGUGUAACAUGGGAGAUAACAAAUGUUCCAGGCUGUUUACCAACUGGAUUUUUUGUUUGUUGCAAAACAUUUUUUUUAAUUUAGAAGAGUUUUUUUUUAUCUUUGUUUACUUUGUACAGACAAUCAUAUUUGUUUUUCUUUUUUUGUAACCGAAAAGACUUUUCCCUAAAAACUUUUUAAUUGUAUUUUGUAAAGUCAAUUUGCUCAUUUUUGAAGAUUUAUUUUUCUUGUAUUUAAGGUGCAAUAUAAUUUAUGUUACUGGCAAUUUUUCAAAUUUUUUUAUCAAUGAGGUAAAUAAAAAGAGGAAAAUUAAGUUUGUAAACCUGUUAGAAAUUGUAUUUUAGUUAUUUUAUUUCUGUUAUAUUUACUUAAUUAGUUUAAUCAGAGUAUAUAUUUUCUUGUGAUAUUUUAAAAGAAGUUGUUUUUAUAUUAUCAAAAAGGGUGAUAGUUUGUUCUCAAUCUUAACUAAACUAUCACUUGUAAAAAUCCUAAAAAAAUAAAAAUAUAUUUUAUACUUAUGAAA